GGGAUUACAGGCGUGAGCCACUGCGCCCGGCCAACUUCACGUUUAUACACACCCAUGCAAAAAGCAUCCAGAUAGACACAAAGAGCCUUCCCUGUACCCUAAAAGUUUCCCAGAAAUUGUUCCCAGUUAGCAUAUUUAUUUUUAUAAAGGUAAUGCAUGCCCAUCAUAUAACAUUCAAAAAGGUAUGUAGAGAACCAAGUGUCCCCCCAGCCCUGUCCUCCAGCCACCCAGUUUCCCUCCCUAGGGGAAGCCACCAAUAUGUAUUUCUUAUGUAUCCCCUGUUGAGCUUCUUUUCCUCGUUUUGGUUUGGCAGUGUUGGUGUUUGUAUUUGGAAUUACAGGCAGGGAGCAUCAUAUACCUUAGUGUUUAGGGCCUCUAAGUUCAACCAGCCCUGAGAAAAUCAGCCAUGGCGAGGACCUUGUCCCCCAGCCCCCAGGAGAUAGGCCCCCUGGUGGGAGUCCUGGGGCAGGGCAGAGACCUAGGGACAAGAAUUAGAAAGGACCCAAGUUGACAGGGCUGCUCAGGGUCAUGUUGUCCAUCCCUCUGCCACAAUGGCAUGGACAAACUGUGUAUGUUGGUUAGAGGAGGGCACCCUUCUCUCUUGCAAGCAUUGGCAAGGUCUUAACUAUUAGGCUUCCGCUCCCUCGGCAGCCCCUUUUGUCAAGGAGCCUCUUAAUCUGUGUUCUUUGAAGCCGUGAGGGCUGGUGUAUGGGAGUUAAAAGCACUGGCUUUGGAACCGGACUGUCUGGGUUUGAAUCCUGGCACUGCAGCUGACUCACUGCUGGACUCAGGCAAUGCCUUAAACUCCCUGAGCCUCAGGUUCCUUGUCUGUAAAAUGAUAAAGAUAGCCCCUGUUUCAUAGGGCUGUGGUGGGAAACCAAUCAGACAAGGCAUGUGAACGCCAUUAUAGCACAGCGCCCAGCAUCCAGCGGGACUCACUCGGUACAGCUGUCACCGCCAUCAUUAUUAGCGUGGGCCAGGGAGGGCUGCGUAAAAGCAGCUGGUGGAGGAGGGAGAGAUGCCGUGUGACUGUCUGGGUUUGCAUGCAUGAAGUAUGAUCUGGGCCUGGAGUGUGCAAGGCACACAUGUGUCCUUACUGCAUGUGUUGUCACAUAUGUGCAAUGCCAUGCUCCUGAGCCUUUGAUUGCAGACGUGUGGGAAGUGGGCCCCGUCCCCACCCCCCAGUGCCACCCUGCUCUGCUUCUCUUCCCUUGCUCUGCUCUAAAACGAGAAGUACAAGUGAGUUCCCCCAAGGGGUCGGCCGCGCCUCUUCCUGUCCCCGCCCUGCCGGCUGCCCCAGGCCAGUGGAGUGGCAGCCCCAGAACUGGGACCACCGGGGGCGGUGAGGCGGCUUGGCACUGGGAGCUGCAUCUGAGGCUUAGUCCCUGAGUUCUCCGCCUGCCCAGACUAGCUGCACCUCCUCAUUCCCUGCGCCCCCUUCCUCUCCGGAAGCCCCCCAGGAUGGUGAGGUGGUUUCACCGAGACCUCAGUGGGCUGGAUGCAGAGACCCUGCUCAAGGGCCGAGGUGUCCAUGGUAGCUUCCUGGCUCGGCCCAGUCGCAAGAACCAGGGUGACUUCUCGCUCUCCGUCAGGGUAGGGGAUCAGGUGACCCAUAUUCGGAUCCAGAACUCAGGGGAUUUCUAUGACCUGUAUGGAGGGGAGAAGUUCGCAACACUGACAGAGCUGGUGGAGUACUACACUCAGCAGCAGGGCGUCCUGCAGGACCGCGAUGGCACCAUCAUCCACCUCAAGUACCCGCUGAACUGCUCCGAUCCCACUAGUGAGAGGUGGUACCAUGGCCACAUGUCUGGAGGGCAGGCAGAGACGCUGCUGCAGGCCAAGGGCGAGCCCUGGACGUUUCUUGUGCGCGAGAGCCUCAGCCAGCCUGGGGACUUCGUGCUGUCUGUGCUCAGUGACCAGCCCAAGGCUGGCCCAGGCUCCCCGCUCAGGGUCACCCACAUCAAGGUCAUGUGUGAGGGUGGACGCUACACAGUGGGUGGUUCGGAGACCUUCGACAGCCUCACGGACCUGGUGGAGCAUUUCAAGAAGACGGGGAUUGAGGAGGCCUCGGGCGCCUUUGUCUACCUGCGGCAGCCGUACUACGCCACGAGGGUGAAUGCGGCUGACAUUGAGAACCGAGUCUUGGAACUGAACAAGAAGCAGGAGUCCGAGGAUACAGCCAAGGCUGGCUUCUGGGAGGAGUUUGAGAGUUUGCAGAAGCAGGAGGUGAAGAACUUGCACCAGCGUCUGGAAGGGCAGCGGCCAGAGAACAAGGGCAAGAACCGCUACAAGAACAUUCUCCCCUUUGACCACAGCCGAGUGGUCCUGCAGGGACGUGACAGUAACAUCCCCGGGUCCGACUACAUCAAUGCCAACUACAUCAAGAACCAGCUGCUAGGCCCUGAUGAGAACGCUAAGACCUACAUCGCCAGCCAGGGCUGUCUGGAGGCCACGGUCAACGACUUCUGGCAGAUGGCGUGGCAGGAGAACACACGCGUCAUUGUCAUGACCACCCGAGAGGUGGAGAAAGGCCGGAACAAAUGUGUCCCAUACUGGCCCGAGGUGGGCAUGCAGCGCGUUUAUGGGCCCUACUCUGUGACCAACUGCGGGGAGCAUGACACAACUGAGUACAAACUCCGUACCUUACAGGUCUCCCCGCUGGACAAUGGAGACCUGAUUCGGGAGAUCUGGCAUUACCAGUACCUGAGCUGGCCCGACCAUGGGGUCCCCAGUGAGCCUGGGGGUGUCCUCAGCUUCCUGGACCAGAUCAACCAGCGGCAGGAAAGUCUGCCUCACGCGGGGCCCAUCAUCGUGCACUGCAGCGCCGGCAUUGGCCGCACAGGCACCAUCAUUGUCAUCGACAUGCUCAUGGAGAACAUCUCCACCAAGGGCCUGGACUGUGACAUUGACAUCCAGAAGACCAUCCAGAUGGUGCGGGCGCAGCGCUCGGGCAUGGUGCAGACGGAGGCGCAGUACAAGUUCAUCUACGUGGCCAUCGCCCAGUUCAUUGAAACCACCAAGAAGAAGCUGGAGGUCCUGCAGUCACAGAAGGGCCAGGAGUCGGAGUACGGGAACAUCACCUACCCCCCAGCCAUGAAGAAUGCCCAUGCCAAGGCCUCCCGCACCUCGUCCAAACACAAGGAGGAUGUGUAUGAGAACCUGCACACUAAGAACAAGAGGGAGGAGAAAGUGAAGAAGCAGCGGUCAGCAGACAAGGAGAAGAGCAAGGGUUCCCUCAAGAGGAAGUGAGCGGUGCUGUCCUCAGGUGGCCAUGCCUCAGCCCUGACCCUGUGGAAGCGUUCCGCGAUGGACAGACUCACAACCUGAACCUAGGAGCGCCCCAUUCUUUUGUAAUUUAAAUGGCUGCAUCCCCCCCACCUCUCCCUGACCCUGUAUAUAGCCCAGCCAGGCCCCAGGCAGGGCCAACCCUUCUCCUCUUGUAAAUAAAGCCCUGGGAUCACUGUG